AUGGAAACAUAUCAACAUGCACUGGCACAGUACCAAACCCAAUGGAAUCAACAUCAGCAGGAGCUCCAGCAAUACCAGCAGGCCCUCCAGCAACACCAGCAGGCACUGCAGCAGUUCCAGCAGCAGAUACAACAAUAUCAGCACAAGCCCAGCAGCCCUCCAUCCCAGAGUUGGCCAAGCUGGAGAGACUCAUCACUAGUGUCUUCUGCACACCCAUUGACCAGUACCAGCACCAAUCCAAACAAUGUCAAGUCCCUUGCUCUCAAGAAGCUACACAAAGAGGCAUUCACAACCAAGGCCACAGAGGACACUGCAAUGGAGAUUGACAGUGAACCUGCCUCUGACUCCCAACAGAUCAAGGAUCUGGUCAAGAAAAUGGUACAGGAGGAACUGAAACAGACCCAAAAGCAAAUUGCCAGAGCCACUGGCAAACAUGUCACCCAAGCGCUCAACCAACAGCGCAACAACAAUCAAAACAACAACAGCUCAAAGAACAACAGGAGGGGCCCAGCCCAAGGAGGCGCCUCCAACAACAAAAAGAAAUCUCCCCACCAACAACAGUCCGCCAGAGGCGGCAGAACCCACGAGGAAGGUCCCAGUCCGCCCCAAGAGGCAACCGCCCAAGAAGCCAAAGCAGAGGCCGCCAAGGCGGCCGCGGCGGCAGGGCAGGACGAGGAAGGGGAGGAAGAGCCGGAGGAAGAGGCAACGCUACCUCCAGAGGCUCCACAAGAUCGAACAGAGGCCGCUCCAGAAGCUCCUCUCCCAGCAGGAGGCAGAACUCCAACACCAGGAGAAGCAGGUCCUCCAGGCGAUCGACAAGAGAUAGAGCUCACAUAUGGCUUCGUCUCAGACCCGACCUCCAUCUACACGACAAUGUACAAAUUAGACUCCUUCAUAUGCCGGCUGGUACUACUUUGCCAGGCCAACCAACUUCAUACCACGACCUUACCACGACAAUUAAGCCCCCACCAGGCCUCUACUCACUGUUGGGCCUGGGCCACAAUUCAUUCCUACACCUAG